AUGAUGAUCCGUGUGUGUGAAUGCAGACAGAAGGAGACGAAACAGAAAUGGCGCUCUAUGGCAACUGAGUCACCAAGUUCACAGACAGCAUCCAGAGAACUGCAAGAGACAGAAGACUUAGGUCACGUGAAGACAUGUAAUUUUAAACAAAGCCAGGGCGGUAAUGCAGAUGGGUAUGAGGUAGUUGCAGCGGCUGCGGAUAGUGGGAAAUACAGAAUGAGACGUUUUGAUAAAGCUGAAGUUCCUUACUGUGCUCCUGGCGAACCAGAAUACAUCGUCAGCUCAGCAGAGAAAAUGGCCAAAGCUGGUCAUGUGAACGUUCAAGUUGAUGGUUCAAAAUCAGAUGUACCUGAAGACAGAGAGGCAGCAACCAUUUCACUGCAUUCACAUAUUUCUGGAAACAAAAUGACAGCCCAUGAAGAGAUUAAUGGAAAGGAGUAUGCAGAGUACAACCUAGACAACAACUGGAAGCUUCAAAAACGAAAGAUGAGCCACCAUGAUCACAACGAAAGUGAAGAUUGGUGCGACACUGAUAACGAAACUACACCAGAGACGAAAAAAGCCUCGAUUGGUCUGUCUUUUGUUAAGAAGGCGAACAACUUUACGUUUCCAAAUUAUUCUGCUUUUCGAUCCUUGAAACCAGACCCUGAUCCAGCAGAGCAAGAGAUAAUAGAAGAAGAUAUCCAGAGACUUCGUAAAAACGCCUUUAGGAAUAUAAGCGGACAUCAACAGCAAGCUGGGUAUGUUACAUCCAUAGCUGACGACGGCAGGGAAAUAUUCAUUCCAGCGGCACAUACAUUCAAAAAAUCUGGCGAGAAUUGCAGCUCAGGAUAUGGCAGUUGCAGUGGAAGUACAAUUAUGCAAACAGAUCACAAGUCUUCAGAUGUAACUUUAAACACUAUAUCGUUUAAAGCUGGGAGUUCUGAUACGAAACGAUUGCAUAAAACAAUUUCUGUGGGGACAACAAGUUUAACUGAAGACAAAAUUCUUGAAGUCUUGCCGGCCGUUGGCGACAAUGAAUAUACAUCGAACUACUUACUUAGAGAUCUUCUCAAAGCUAAAGAAGAUGCAAAAGUUGAAAAACUGAUGAUGAAUUAUGAAGAAAGAAUUAGGAAUGAGCAUCUUCCAAAGAACAAUUAUCAUGCAAAAGAAUAUUAUCCUUCGAUCAAAAACACAAAGAAAUUGCCUGAUUCUGUACUUCGUCAUAACACAGAUGAUUCUCAGUUGUCAAAGGUUUCAAAUGAAAAGGACCAUUAUAUAAAUCAGGAGAUUAAUAGCGACAACAAGAAACAACUAAAUGACAGAUUGUCUCCACUAAAUGCAGGCUCAGUAUACCGAAUACAAAAAGAUACGCGCGGAGUGAAGAAUGCUGGCAACUCCCAUUAUCAGCAGUGGAAUGUAAGGUCAUCAUUAAAGAGAAGCAAAGCUCGCGCGUCUUUGAAGAAAGCUUUUGCGGAAAAGACAUUUCGUGGGCUGAAAACGCUGUCUGUGUAUCAGGAAGCAAGAGGUACAAAAGGGAAAGAAGUCGAGCAAAAAUACUCAAGUCGUCAUGACAACCACAUGACAACAAUGACUGAAAUAAAUGGCGACACUUCAGCUACGGCAUAUAAAGACAACACAAAAUCAGCAACUUUUAGCGCAGACCUCGAGUAUUCAAUGAAGACUCAUCCCGCCAGUGGCAAUUCUUUACGUGAUCAGCCGGAUGCAAAGCUCGUUUUACUAAAAGACGAAAAUAGUGUAGUUUUGAAUCAGGCUUCAGGGUCAACAGAAAGAACACAACAUUCUGCUAAAAGUCGUCCGGCCCCUAAUCCCCCUGCUGGUCUUUACACAAGCAAUGUGACACAUGUGAGGAGGGUUUCAAGGUCUCAGCCGCCCACCACUGACACGGACAGCUCACAGGGACCAGGUGACCAGUCGUUCACUAGUGUGGAGCCACCAUCAACCGAAUCUGAUCACAUGAACACAGAGAGCCUGCAGUCUCACGCGAUGAGUAUUGAUAAAAUUGAGUCAGACAUGAAUGAUAUUAUUAACAGCAAUACUUCGCUUGCACAUUCGAAUUCUUAUCUACCCCAUGGAAUUAAAAUCAUCGACAGCGGUUUUGAUAGCGCAUCCAUAUCCAGUAAUGAGUCUUGUCUUUGUGCAGCUGCAGCUUUGCAAAUCCCCGAAGAGAGUUCGUCUUUAUAUCCGUCAGAUAUUCUAUCCCAAGGUAGGUGUAGCUGUGCUUGCUCGAGUUGUCUGGGAAGCAUCCAGGGAGCUAAGAAAAAAUCUAGCUGGCAGGACAGUCCAGAUUCGGAGUCUUGGAACAACAGUAAUUCAUUUUCCUCUUAUGAUACCAACAUGCAUAGGAGAAAACUUCCCAGUAAGGGACACAACCGCAACUCGACCGAAUGUAUUCUUGCUCCUGAUGAGAAAUACCCGUCGCCUAAUCACAUGGGUAGACCCAGUUCCGUCAGUGCAUUGCAUUCUGUUAUAGAUGACCCUCAGGAGAGAAGACAUCCACACUUACCUCAAGCCCAGGAACAAUUAUCCAGUAGCGCUAGUGACUCAAGCACAGCCAUUUCCAGACGUUACAGGGAGCUUAUCAAACGAGGAGUUCCACUCCGCGUGUCCAUAAUCUCUGGAGAGGAUGUUUCAGUAAACAAUACUCAAGAUGAACUUGUGCACAGAGAUAAACUCAAAUCUCAUACACAUCCGGACACAAGCAAUAAUAGAGAAUCUACCAGUCGUCUUCAAGUUGGUGUUAAGGGCGAUAUUCAUGUAGAUAAUCAGGUAUAUACAGAAUCUAUGAACAAGUUAAACCUUCACUCUUGUAGAGAAAAUGCAAAAGACACUACAGUGCAAUUUAAAGGUGAGAAUAAUCAUGUUGAUAACUGUUAUUAUAGAUUGUCUCCGAUUCCAUCUUUAGAAGAAAUUAUCAAAGAAAUACCAGAUGAAACUGGCUGUUUUCCAGAGGAAACAAAGGCCUUCUUAAACAGACCAGAUUCCGAGUUGUCAGUUAAAGCUCUUCAGGCAGUGCUUUCGGGAGACUGUUAUUCCGCUGAGGACAAUCAUUCACAGUGCCCAGAACUUGCAAUAGAUCAGUUCUUCUCCCAACACACGUAUCCCAGACAACUUACACACGGCCAGAGUUUUGACAAAUCAACAGCCAAAGAGUUGACACUCCACGCAACAAAUGAGUCCGUAGCGAGAGGGUAUCAUGGACUUAUCGCCGGUAUGGACAGUAGACACGUGAUGUACUGUCAAACCAUCGCCUCUAAUGGCAGUCUGGUCUCCAUUAAUGAUUUACUUCCGGCCAGUUCAGUUACUUUUCAUACUAUGAAAUCAAAGUUACAGAAACAUGGGAGAAUUGGAGUCAUCGGCAAUCAGGUUCUUGAUGUGAUGGGAAUGUGCUGGCUGGAGGAAACUCCUCCAACGACAGCGGUCAUCAUGACCCAGCUUACAGACCCUGUCACAGAAACCGAGUUAUAG